AUGUCCUGCGGCAAGCAAAGCGCAAUCGUCUUUACGCUCGGCGUCAUCACGUCGAUUCCCGCCAUCAUCUUGGUCAAGGCCAUGUACGAGGUCCACGUAACAGUCGACGACCGCACGUUUGUCUUUGAGCGGCCCCUCUUUUGCGUCUGGCUCAUGUUUUUGAGCAUGGUCCUGGCGUUUCCGCUGCACGUCCUCUUCCGCAACGGUCGAGUUUUGACGCGCCGUGGCUUCCUCCUCGCAGCGAUCCCCUCUCUUUUUGCGCUCGUGGAGAUGUUUUUCGGGUAUCUCGCGCUCCUUUACAUCUCGCCGAGCGUCGAUACGAUGAUCAUUGGCAGCCAAAUCGCGUUUGUCGCGCUCUUCAAGCGGAUCUUUCUCCGCCACACCAUCCACACGUACGAAUGGCUCGGGGUUUGCCUCAACAUGAUGGCCGCUUGCCUCGUCGGCACGUCGAGCAUCCUCGGUGCAGACCACUCUGCAGCGUCGGCCAACCCGCUCCUCGGCGUCGGUUUCUCGUUUUUGAGCUGUGUCGUCAGCGCCAUGCACAGCGUCGUUGAAGAGUAUUUGCUUUCUGACCCGAGCGUGGCCCUGCCGCCAAUGGCACUCGUCGGCGUACAAGGCGCGUGGGGGCUCGUCUUCACGACGUUUCUGGCGUACCCGAUCGCGUACCUCGUGCCGGGCGACGACGCCGGGUCCUACGAGCGCCUUGAUGCCACCUUCCAAGUGCUCGCGACGUCGAGAUCGAUCCAGUGGCUCGUCCUUGCGCAGCUCGUCGCGCUUUUGCUCAUGAACAUCUUUCGCAUGCUCGUGCUCUUUCAGCUCGAUGCGCUCUGGGUCUCGAUCAUGAACAACUUUCGAACAGGUGGCGUGUGGGCCGUGAACCUCGUCUUGUACCAUGCCAUCACUCACGGUGCAUUUGGUGAGGUGUGGACGCACUGGAGCUACCUCCAGCUCGUUGGAAUGCUUGUACUCUUUGUGGGCACGGCCGUCCAUGACGGCCAGUUCCACAAUCAGGCCGCCGUCGUUCAAAAGUUGAGUGUUGAGACGGUGCCAAUGACGCCGUGUGAACACACCGCUCCGUUUGCUCUUUUUCACGAGAAAAUUGUCGUGUAG